AAAACACAAACUUAACCACUUACUAUUUCUCGGACUGGUACUUUGGAAAGAUUACAUAAACUUAAAUCAAGUUCACUUCCAUCUAAUUUAUCUUUGAGCUCUUCUUUAGUAAAUUUUGCUUUGCUCAUUUUGAAUAAUAUUUAUUUUUUCAUUCCUUUAUACACGUAAUCGUUGCAACUGUGGCCCGCGAUGUUUCAGUACCAGUAUAGUUUUCUUUCAUGAAGUAACGUUGAAGAAGGAAAUCUCACGAAAUAUUUCGUAAGACAAAUUCAUGAUGUUGUACUGAUAAAACGUGUUAUGGUAAGAAAAUUUGAUAUUUUCACGUAUUUCCUUUGCUCUAUUUAAUAUUUAUAUCUCGUUUAGGCGAGGUUUAUAGCACAGAUAAUUGUCCUUGGUGGGCAGGUUGUUGCAAGGGCUUUCACCCAAGCAUUGAGACAGGAAUUUCAAAGUGAGUAUAGUAUAAGUAUAAAUUUUAUAAAGAAUGUUUCAUAAAGUUCUAGAAAGGAUCAGGUGAUGACUAAAUACUGUAUUUUAAACAACUGGGAAUGCACAAAUACAUUGCACAAAGGGCAAAAGUUUUCCCAAUCUUGCAGCAUUGGCUCUGGGGCACAGAAUAAGGCUCUGGGCCCUAAAUUUAGGGGUUCUGGUUGCCUAUUUCCCCAGAGACAAUGCCUCCCGCGCAUAGGCAUUGCUCUGGGUACGAGAUUGAGGUUUUCCAGCAGGAGGGGGGGGGGGGGGGGGGGGACUGAGGAGGGGGCAACGUUGUUCUAAUGGGUUAAUAUACUGUAAUUGCCAAUUGCAAUAAUUCUGAUACAAUUUGCUGCUGUUUCAUUGUUUAAAUAAAUAAAAAAGUAAUUGACCGACUGAUCGAUUGUUCAGCAACCGGAAAUUACCGAUUAUUUAUGUCACAAUAUACCAGAUAAAGGUGACAUAUCAUUCAUGUCAACUUUUUAACGAUAAUUUCCAAUGUAACAUGUUACUUCAUGCAACCAAAGAUUGUUAAAACUGUUAAUAAAUGGCAUGCUUCACACAUUAACAUAUUGCGUUAAAACGCAACAUGUAUCAACGUGCAAUGCAUAUAUUAAUUUUUAAAUUAAAGUGGGUAUUUUCUCAACAAUCGGUUUUAGACAAUUGGAAAAUAAAAAUAAUUGUUUAAUUCUACUGAUUCAUAUCGUCUACCGAUAUGACAAAAAUCAGCUUGAUGCCGAUACCGAUUACCAGCCAAUCACUAAAAUAUGCCUCAGUUGUGUUUUUGUGGCUUUGAUUGAUGUAAACACAAAUUUCAGCUUGAUAAUUCUACUCAUAUCAAGCUCAACCUUGUUCAAUAAUUGUUAAAUACUGAAUCACAUGCAAAUACUGUAGUGCAUGAUUUGUUUCUUGAUUGUUCAUCAGGGGGACAGGCUGCUCAAAGUGCGGCCAAAACAGCAAAAGAAGGAGUAAAACGAGCCACAACCAACAGCAUGAUGGGAAUAUCAUUAGAAGAAGCAAAGCAGAUUUUAAAUAUUGAAAGAAUUGACAAAGAAGCAAUCACUAAGGUCAGUAUACCUGGGAAUUUAUUUUAUUUGUUAUAUACAGUGUAGAAUAACUUUGAGUGCAUGUGACAAAGGAUAUUGUUGCGUUCUUUCUCACCUAUACUCAGUCUGGUAUAUACAUGUACAGUGAAAAUAAAUAAAAUGUGCAGUCUGAAAAUGUUGUAAAUAAAUAUAAUGUCAAAAUAAUGGUAACAAAGUUAAACUUCUCCUUCACCUCUAUUUAACACACUCUACUGUACUUUGUUAUUUUACUCUGUCUAAUGUCAGAGAAUUUCACUUCACUUGUUAAGGGGAAAGUGGCACCACUCAAUGGGUUAAUAUGCAUAGUGUACAGUAGAUAUACACAGGGCUAAAAAUAACGGCCUGUAGAUCACUGGACAAAACAACUGAGUGAUCAUCUUGAUUUUAGCUUGGUCAAACUCUAACUGGUCAUUUUUAAAAUAAUAAAAUACAGCUAAUAAUGAGAAAGAUCAUGAUCAAUGUGCGAGAUAUGAUUUCAUACACUUACAGUCAAAUAAAUAUUUGUUUUUGGACAUUGUUUUUCAUGUUUUAAAUACUCAAGACAUUAGUAAGUUAGUAAAACAUUGUAGGAAAACAGUCAAUGUUAAUAACUAACAUUACUACAGUGCUUUUGGAGAAAUCUUCAUUACACGGAACAGGCAAGGAUGGCAUGUACCACUGCAAAUAGGAAAUAAAUUGUAUCGGAAGCAUGUGUUUUUGUAUUUUGGAAUUGUAUUUUUUCAAAUUGUAUCGGAAGCAUACAAAUGUGACUGGUCAAAAUGAAGUUGAAGCAAAAAAUGUUAUUGGUCAAGAGGCAUUUUAGCCAGUCAUUGUCUGCCGUUAUUUUUAUCCCAGAUACAUAAUCAAAGAUAUUGUCAUGGUAACAUUUUUUACCCACCUGUUUGGUUCUACCAUAGAUAUCUCAAAUUCAGGGUCCAGUGCAGGUUCAGAUUCGACUACCACUAUCUCUUACUGACUUAGAAAUUGGAUAGAUGGUAUUCUCGGUCCGUUGCUGUUCAGUAUUUAUGUCAAUGAUCUACUAGUGUCUGCCACUAAAACGUGUUCCUCCAAAUCGUAUGUUGACGGUACUAAACUCUUUCUGUCCUUCCAUAUCAAUAACUCUAAUGCUGCUCUGGUUGAUCUGAAUGAAGACGUAAUUAGAAUUUGAAAUUGGUGUUUCGACAACCUGCUCUUGCUCAACCCCGGCAAGACCAAAUUGAUGGUCUACGGAAGUCGUUAAAUGCUCACAAGGCUACCUGAAUUUAGACCCUCACUACUUGGUAAAGGACUAACACCUGCCGCAACAGUCAAAGAUCUGGGAGUUACGUUUGACCCUCUCCUUCGACAAUCAUAUCCUUUCUACCGUCUCGUCCUGCAAGUCAAGUCUCUGUCAGAUACAUCGAGCUAAACACGCCUUCAUAAAGCUCUGUUAGUAGCUGUGAUCAAUGCUUUGGUCUUCAGCAAGCUCUACUAUUGUUCUUCACUUUGGUCAAACACUUCCUGCAGUAACCUAUUCCAUCUUCAAGGAGUCCAGAGUUUCGCAGCACGAGUAGUGAGGAAUACAAGAAAGUUUGACCACAUCACCCCGAUUCCAAAGGAAAUACAGUGGCUUCCCGUGAAAUUGCAUCUCUACUAUCGUAUUGCUCUACUGGCCUUCAAAUUCAUGAACAUUUGUGCCUCCAUUUACUUGUCGUCCCAGUUCAUAACCAGAGGUGAGAAGUGAGCUCUCGUGAGACACGAAAUGUAAGAAAUCUGGAUGUUCUAUUGUACAAAACAGCUACCGUACUUCUUUGGAACAACAUUAGCCCUGACUUAAGUCGGUGCAAUUCUACUGUAUUUCAAACUUUAAGUUAAAACUAAGACAGUAGCGAUUGAUACACCGGGUGGAAAUUUGCGAAAGCCUUUUCAUUCGCGAAAGCCUUUUCAUAUCCAAGCUUAAUCCUACUUUAAAUGCUAACAUUAGGUCAACUCCUCUUGACCUUUUCUAAUGCUUUGCUAGGUCUCUAAUUACUAACCAUUAUUUCUUUAAUUUACUAAUACUUUUUAUGACAGGUUGUUUUUCAUCCUUCCUCUUAUUCGCUUAUUUGAAUACUGUAACCGUUUGAAACUAUUGGUAUAUAUAUAAUACACGCUUGUAAAUAAGUUUAAUUGCUCUGAAGAUGUUGUGAACAAUACAACGAAACGUUAGCCAAUAAAUUUUAUAUUUUGUUAUGUCUUGUCUGAAAGUCAUUUGCUGGGCUUUAAUUUUCAUUUUUAAAUUAAAACUAAGAUAUAAACUUUUCCAGUUAUGAAGUACUUGUUUUUCAGUUAAUCAAUAAGCGUUGUCAAUGUCACUGUUGUUGUGUUAUCGUCGUCGUCGUCGUCGUCGUCGUUGUUGUUGUUGUUGUUGUUGUUGUUGUUGUUGUUGUUGUUGUUGUUGUUGUUGUUGUUGUUGUUGUUGUUGUUGUCCCUUUGUCCCUGUUGCAGUUUUUGUGAAAUUGUCCUUGUUUGCUAGUAAUGUGUUUCAAUAAAAUUAAUUAUGGCUAAAUGUAGUAAAUGUUUAUCACUGAAAAGCUCCUUCAGGGGAGUGUCAAUAAUCAAAAACACAUCUUAGAAUAAUAUGAAACUGGUUUUUCGUAUCUCUGAGGAUGGUUUCAAAAACACAUCUGAUUGGUUAAGAAUCCAUUAUUGAUAGUGAUAGUGGUGAAACACAAUUAAUUAUUUUUUUUUGUUUGUUUUAUUGUUCUUCUAGAUUAUUACAAAAUGAAAUAAGUUUUGUCUGACGUUUCGGUUUCCUAUACGAAAACCAUUUUCGAAGUCUUCGAAAAUGGUUUUCGUAUAGGAAACCGAAACGUCAGACAAAACUUAUUUCAUUUUGUAAUAAUCUAGAAGAACAAUAAAACAAACAAAAAAUGAAUGAACCUGUAUUCAAACCUUUUAACAAUUAAUUAUGUUACGUCAUCAAGAAAGUUUUGUGUGGGUGCUGCAAACGCUGAAGGCGUGAGGCCUAGGUGCCCCUCUGGUAGUGGUAUUGGUAGUCAAAUCUGAACCUCUUAUGUUACGUCGUUCGUGUCUGAACCACCUGAAAAAUAUUGAAAAAGCCCCAAGAGCAAAACAAGGCAGAAUAACAAAUGAAAUAACGAUGUGAGAAUAUGGUACGAACACUUUUCUGUUCAUUCUGCAACCAGGUUAUGAUAUCGUUUUCCCAUCUAUAACUGAGUGAACUUAUUUAUUAAUACUACUAAAUUUAAUAUAUACAUACUUAAAUUUAAACUCGUUGCAUGUGGGUAUAUUGUACAGGGGUGGAUUUAUAGGGGGGUGCACAGGGGUGCGCACCCCUGUUGGCCUUGGACAACAGGGGUGCAAGAGGGUGCAAAAAAUCAAAUUCAGAAAUAUGGCACAAUUUCCAAGGUUUUUCCUUUUUUGAAGUCAAACUGAAGCUCAUAAUGGACUUUUCCCCUUAUAACUAAAAUUUCGAUCUAGACAAAAAUUUCAUCACAGCUUGAAAGAGCAUCACAAAAUUAGUAAUAUUCCAAAGUUUUGUUACAAAAUCUUGUAUUAAAUGCGGAUAAUAUAGCCUUGCGAAGUUUGCCGUUUUUCAGUAAUUUUGUAUUACAAACGGGAAAUUGACAUCCGAUUCGGGUGUUGGGGCUGCAAUUUCCCGUUUGUAAUCUAAAAUGACUGAAAAUUGCAAACUUCGCAAGGCUCUUUUUUCCUCAUUUUACAACAUUUCGCAACGAAACUUUGGAAUAUUACUAAUUUUGUGAUGCUCUUUCAAGCUGUGAUGAAAUAUUUGUCUAGACUUGCCUAGAUCAAAAUUUUGGUUAUAAGGGGAAAGGUCUAUUCAAUGCCCAUAUCGUAGGAAAUGGCAUUUCUAGGGUUCUAAUUUUCAAACUUUUCCCUGGACCCCCUAGGAAGCUUGUACCUUUGGUGCUUGAGUUGUUCGGAAGCCAAUUCAUUUGAAUGCUCUCCCACCACCCCCUAAAGAAUUAUAAAAAAACACUCAGCUGCUCAACCAGCACCCCCUAGAAAAACCUUGCUGGAUCCACCCCUGAUAUUGUACAUUGUGAGCUGUCUGAUAUGUGCGACAAGAAGAGCCUGCAAAGGGGGCAGCAUAGUGAGCAUCGCUAUAAGAAAAUUAUUUUUUUCUUUAGAAUUAUGAUCAUUUGUUUAAAGUAAAUGAAAAAGCAGGGGGAGGAUCGUUUUAUCUACAAUCAAAGGUAUAUUGUGUAUGAUACUGUUUGGGAGUCAUGCAUGAUGUCUAAUACAAUCUUUCUUAGUCCGGGAGUCGCGACUAGACUAGGCCAAGGAACUAUGGAAAGAUAUUCAGCAUGACGUAAUUCUCACGUGAUCGUGCCUGCGUUCGCUGUUCACGGUCUUCGAAACCUGGGGCUAGUUGUACGAAGGCCGGAUAGCGUUAUCCACCGGAUAGUGAUUUUUUCAAGCUUUGUUAAAUCAGUCGUUGAUUGGUAUAACUCGUAUUAAAGUUUAGUGUUUAUAAGUUAAAUGUUUUUAUACUUGUUGUGUCGUCUAUAUCCGUAGUUUCACAGUUUUUCAAGCAUUUUACAAAGGUUGAAAAAUCACUAUCCGGUGGAUAGCGCUAUCCGACCUUCGUGAAGCAUGAUGGUGCUAGCUACAGUCAAAAAUUCCGCGUUAUACAGUACGCCGUUUUCCCAGUUACGUUUAGCUAACAAUUUCCCACUUUAGAUCUGCCAAAAACGUAACUAUUAUGAAAAAAUAAAAAAUAAAAGUUUUUUUCAACGUCAAAAUUUUGCUGAAGAAGAAUUGGGAGCAACGGAUAAAUCUUGCACGAGGAUGCCAUCUAGCCUAAAAUAUAUUAUUUGAGUGUCUGUUUCAGUAAUGUUGAUGAUCAACAUUAGCACUGAAACAGACAAAUUAAGUUGAUGAUGUUUUUUAGCGCAAAAAACAAAGCCAUAACCUCUAGCUGAAAUUUGUAAUUUGCCUGCGUACAGUAUAGAAUGCUAAAUAUCUGUAAUGUUGAAGAGCUGGUGAAAUGAAAUUUUGAUUCAGGUGGUUCGCGCUAAAGAAAGAUUGGAUGCCGAACUUGAAGCGACGGAGAAAGAAAAACAACAAAAUACAGAAGACUCUGCUGAUAAAUAACACACGAAAUGGUAGACACAGACUGUGUAUGAAUAUGUAAUAUAGAAAUAUUUAGGUGGUUUGCAUUGCAUUUUCGGAAUUUGCAAUACAUUUUGCCCCGAUAAAUAGGUCACCCCAUGCGAUUCAAAGAAUAAAGAGAUUUUACCAUGUUGGAUUAAUUCAUUAUAACAAUUUGCCCAAUCUCGUUCCCCGAGCCUGCGAUCCUUGGGAAGGAAACGAAGGCUCUGGGAUAAUCCAUCUCAGAAAUGAAUAUGAUUGGUUGCUGGUAUACAAUGGAAUGUUGCAAUUUUGCAAAAAUUAAUUUUUAACCGUAUAUUUUUAUAUACAACAUGGCGGCCGUUUAGGAGUGUACGAAUAUUGUUUUGGUUUUUCAGAGCUGUGCUAUAUACUAAUACUACAAAGGAAAUGCAAAGAAACGUAUACUGAAUGCGUAUAAUAUCACAACUAAAUGGAGCGUGAAAACUUUACUCAUAUUUUGUGUUGUACAGGUUUUCUGUAGUUUUAAUCUACACAUAGUAUACGUACUGUCAGUACACUGUUCUAUUUGACUAUAAUAUCGAAUAUGUGCUAUAUUUUGCAAAUACUAUUUGUGUCAGAAAUGGUUAAUAACUUUAUUAAUUUGUCUUUGUGUUAUCAUUAUUGCGAAGAACUAGCUAAUAACUAGUUUCAAUACAUCCAAUCUUGGGAUUUACUGUUAUAUAUUUUAUUAUUUAAUGUAUAUAUUGUACUGUGCAGGAGUAUGUAAUACUCAUUUUGCAGUUCAAGUGCAGGAGUAUGUAAUACUCAUUUUAACUUGUAGCAUGUAACCCUUCCCUAUAUGGGUGCAUAUGAAUCUUUUGCUGUUAUAAUUUAUUUAUUGAAGAGUUCAAAAAACCUUUAUUCGCUAAAUAAACCACAAUUUCACAGGCAGUGAUAUUUUAAGUUCGUAUUGUGUUAGAAUUGUUAAACUGUGGAACUAUGUUUGUACGUCUGCUCCUUCGUAUUGUUAUGUCACUGUCUCCUCUUUUAAUUCAUACUUGCGCAAGACUUACAUCCACCUCACUAGUACUUCCUACACUCCUGACUUACCUAGUUCACACUCACUUAUCACGACUCAAUAAAAAAUAUCUAACAUUUCUCUCUUUGUCUUUUCAUUCUUUCUGCCUUUUCAUUCUCUUAGUCUUUUCAUUUAAUCUUCCUUGUCUUUGUUUCUUGUCUUUGUUUCUUGUCUAGUGGUGAGCACCCUGCAUGGGACAUAGUCUCGUUUGUGUUUCGCCACUUUCCUCGUCUUCUUGUACAAUGUAAUUGUCCGUUUAAGUUAUGUAAAUAUUCAGUUUUUUAUGUGCCAAAUUAAAGUUGUUAAAUUAAACUGGUAUUCCAGUCUGCAUACACCUAAUGCACCUAUCAAUGUUAACCCCCAGAGGGGGUCGGGUAUAUGUGGGGUAUUUAAUCAUCAAUUGCUCCCCACCCUGGGGAUUUUGAAUAGCAUUUUGGCCCCGAGUUGGGGCAAUUUGAACCAAAUGACUUUUAUUAACAUACUAUUUAUUGCAAAAUGGUGGGGCAUUUGACUA